UGACCUACUAGCAAACACUGAUGAUCUCUUAGAACCCUUACAUAUAUACAGCUACACAUACACAGUCCCACAGUGACUUUCUUCUCUCUUAUCAGAAUCUCAUUUUCCUCUUCUUCUUACAGACAAAGGAUAAGGUUCAUAGUGUGGUAGCUACUGAACAUCACAGUCACAGUCACAUUCACAUUCACUGUUCCUCUGCCUGUGAUGGACGAAAAGAGAAAAGCAUCAAAGAAGGACACAGCUUCCAGCAGCCAAGCCUCUUCUUCAUCAAGGUCAUUAUUCUCAAGGAGUGCCUCUACUUCAAACGCACCUCUCCUUAGAAGCUUCUCCCAGAAGAAUUCUUCGUCUUCUUCCAAAUGCAACAACAAUCUUCCUCGGAGCUUCUCACAGAAGAACCCUUCCAUCGGUCGGAAAUGCACCAAUAUAGCUAAAGAACAGAAAGCACGGUUUUACAUAAUGAGAAGGUGUGUGGCCAUGUUAGUUUGCUGGCACAAGCAUGGGGAUUCAUGAGGAACCACAAUGCAAAAGUGCACAGAUCUUGUACUAGGUUUUUAUGGUUCCAUCUUGCGCAAUUGUUUUGUUUUUGAUCCAUGUGAUCCUUUUUUGGCCAUCUUUGAAAUACUAUAGAUUCCAUUGUAAUUACAAGUUAACUGAGGUGAUUUACACAUUGCUGAAAAUAUGUACAUCAACUGGACUCCAGAUUCAUGUUUC